UUUCAGAAUGGUGUCUCAAUUGGUAACAUACUCAGCACAUGUGAUUCUUUUUGUAUUAGUUUGGCUUCUAGCUUACACUGAUGUGGUACCAGUGCUGUCAUAUCUCCCAGAGUGUUUGCAUUGUUUAGUUAACUACGCGCCAUUUUUUGCAGUUCUCUUCCUUGGUAUUUACGCCGUCUUCAAUGUUGUCUAUGGAGUGGCGACUUUCAACGAUUGUGCUGAAGCUAAAGUAGAGCUAUUGGGAGAAAUCAAGGAGGCUCGAGAAGAACUGAAGAGGAAGAGAAUAAUCGAUUGAUUUCCGUGUGAACAGUGCUAAUUUUUAUGGGUUUCUUGUGAUAUUUGCUUUAUGUGGAUAGAUUAACUUAUAAAUUUUUCAAUAAUU